GGUGACACCGAAACAUCAGCAAACAGCAGCCGUGGAGAAGUCAACACCUCCACGCUAGCAGAGGACAGACAAGGCCCGGCCGACAGCAGAGCAACCCCGACCAAGAACCAAGGACAAGAUCCCCAGCGGAGGAGGAGGAGAUCUGGCAUCCGAGAGCAGAAGGAAUCAGCAGGCAACGGGGAGGAACACUAGAUCAAGAAAUCGGUAGAGCACAGCACCCAGCAGAGGAAUCGAGGAAACCAAGGGGGAAGAGCAGAGCCAAGAAGCCACCAGAUGCACACCGGCGGCGGCGGUGUGGGGAGCAGGAUGCUGCCGCCGAAGCAGCUGCUGACCAUCAUCAUCGUCAUCUUCUCCACCCUCUCCUUCAUCAAGCUGCUGCUCCUCACCAGCUCCUCGUCCGGGGCCUCCUCCCCCCGCAGCCCGGCGUGGGACGCCGGCGGGGGCGGCAACGGGACGGCCAGGAGCGCGCUCGCCGCCAAGGAGCUCGCGCUGCUCCGCUCCCUCGUCACCGCGCGCGCGCCGUGCAGGCUGCUGGUCUUCGGCCUCUCCCCGCAGCUUCUCGCGCUUGCCAGGCUCAACUCCGGCGCCGACGCCGGCUCCGGGGCCGCCGCCGCCACGGCGUUCGUCACCGACAGCGCCGAGGACGCGGACGCCGCGCGCCGCGUGCUCGGCGGCGGCGGCGCCGCCCGGGCCGGCUCCGUGGCCGUCCACCGGGCGAGGUACCGCGACGCGGCGGCGGAGGCGUGGCCGCUGCUGCGGCGCGCGCGGGGGAGCCCCGCGUGCCGGCGUCCCACGGGGACGGUGCGCAAGUCCGGGUGCCCGCUGGCGCUCACCUCGCUGCCCCGCGAGGUGCUCGACGCGCGGUGGGACGUGGUCGUCGUCGAUGGGCCCAGCGGCGCGGCGGCGGGGGAGCCCGGGCGGAUGGGCACCAUCUACACCGCAGCGGCGCUGGCGCGCACAUCCGCGGCGGCGGCGGGGGGCGACGACAUGGUGGACGUGGCGGUGCACGACGUGGACCGGACCGUCGAGCGGUGGUACGCGUGGGAGUACCUCUGCGAGGAUAACCUCGUCGCCGCCAAGGGCCGCCUCUGGCACUUCCGCGUCGGCGCCAGCAGCCCGCCGGACGCGUUCUGCAACACCGGCCCUGUCCAGAUCUUGUAGAGCCGCCGGACGAACCCGACCGGACCAAAAAAUCCAAGGUCACCGGAGUUGAGCUUCGUACCCAACAGGGGCACUGCCGACACCGUGUCACCGAGUUCCAUGCGGCGGCAUCACCGGAGGCGACGAGCAGAUCCUGUGCAGGUUCAAUGCUCGGAGAUUGUGGCAGGUGGUGUUAAUGCCAAGAAGAUUCAGCAUCUGAGCUGUUUUUGUUACAGUAUACUAGCAAAGGAGAUUCAGCUGUUGAUAGAACAAUAGGUAAACUGCCCAAAUGUGUCGUAGAAUCGAAUGCUUAGCUAGGAAUCAUCCAGAGAAUCAAGAACUUAUCGAAAACUGGUGCUCCAUUUGGUUGAAUUUAAAUAA